GCUUCCGGUAGGAGCGGGUUAGGGUACCCGGGCGGUGGGUCCCCGGUUCUCACAGCACGUGGUGUGCGCGGUUGGUGUAGAGACUUCUGGAAGGUGUGAGAGGCGAGGAGCCUCGGAGAGGUCGUUGGAUCGGCAGCCGGAGAAGCCGUCCCUGUGCUGUUCCUCUUCCAGCGUAGGCCGAGCGGCCUCCGGUAUUGCUGGGGGCUCGCGCAUUUCAGUCAUGGACUACCGGCGGCUGUUGAUGAGCCGAGUCGUCCCGGGGCAGUUCGACGACGCGGAUUCCUCUGACAGUGAAAACAUAGACUUUAAGACAAUCAAAGAGGAAGAUGGUGUUCCACUUGAAGACCUUCUAAAUAAGGGUGAAGAUGAGAUAGAAGAGGAGGAGGAGGAGGAUUAUGAUGACGAUGAUGAUUGGGACUGGGACGAUGGAGUUGGGAAACUCACAAAGGGUUAUGCAUCCAAUAGAGGGAAUAACCCACAGGCAAAUCGACAGACUUCUAACUACAGUUCUGCCAAAAUGUCUACUCCAGCAGACAAGGUCUUACGGAAAUUUGAGAAUAAAAUUAAUCUAGAUAAGCUAAAUGUUACUGAUUCUGUCAUAAAUAAAGUCACUGAAAAGUCUAGACAAAAGGAAGCAGAUAUGUAUCGCAUCAAAGAUAAGGCAGACAGAGCAACUGUAGAACAGGUGCUGGAUCCCAGAACGCGGAUGAUUUUAUUCAAGAUGUUGACUAGAGGCAUCAUAUCAGAGAUCAAUGGCUGUAUCAGCACAGGAAAAGAAGCUAAUGUAUACCAUGCUAGCACAACUAAUGGAGAGAACAGAGCAAUCAAAAUUUAUAAAACUUCUAUUUUGGUGUUCAAAGAUCGGGAUAAGUAUGUAAGUGGGGAAUUCAGAUUUCGUCAUGGCUAUUGUAAAGGAAAUCCCAGAAAAAUGGUGAAAACUUGGGCAGAAAAAGAAAUGAGAAACUUAAUCAGGCUAAACACAGCAGAGGUACCAUGUCCAGAACCUAUAAUGCUAAGAAGUCAUGUUCUUAUCAUGGGUUUCAUUGGAAAAGAUGACAUGCCUGCACCACUCUUGAAAAAUGUCCAGUUAUCAGAAUCCAAGGCUCGGGAGUUGUACCUGCAGGUUAUUCAAUACAUGAGAAGAAUGUAUCAGGAUGCCCGACUUGUCCAUGCGGAUCUCAGUGAGUUUAACAUGCUGUACCACAAUGGAGGGGUGUACAUCAUUGAUGUUUCUCAGUCCGUGGAGCACGACCACCCACAUGCCUUGGAAUUCUUGAGAAAAGACUGUGCCAAUGUCAAUGAUUUUUUUUUGAAGCACAAUGUUGCUGUGAUGACCGUGCGGGAGCUCUUUGAAUUUGUCACAGAUCCAUCAAUUACACGUGAGAACAUGGACGCUUACCUCUCAAAGGCCAUGGAGAUAGCAUCUCAAAGGACCAACGAAGAAAGGUCCAGCCAAGACCACGUUGAUGAAGAAGUGUUUAAGCGAGCGUAUAUUCCUAGAACCUUGAAUGAGGUGAAAAAUUACGAGAGGGAUCUGGAUAUAAUGAUGAAGUUGAAGGAAGAGGACAUGGCCAUGAAUGCCCAACAAGACAAUAUUCUAUACCAAACUGUAACAGGAUUGAAGAAAGAUUUGUCAGGAGUUCAGAAGGUCCCUGCACUCCUAGAAAAUCAGAUUACGGAAACGACUUGUUCUGAUUCAGAAGAUGCUGGAAGCUCUGAGUGCUCUGAUGCAGACUCUGAAGAGCAGGGAGACCAUGCCUGCUCCAAGAAGCACACCACUGACCCUGAACUUGAUAAAAAGGAAAGGAAAAAGAUGGUCAAGGAAGCCCAGAGAGAGAAAAGAAAAAACAAAAUCCCUAAACAUGUUAAGAAAAGAAAGGAGAAGACAGCCAAGAUGAAGAAAGGCAGAUAAAGUCAGAACUAUGUUGUGUGCAGCCAUUUCCCAUCGGUUACUCUUGUUACCCGAACCUCUGAGCUGCAUCUGGAAGAUUGGUCAUUGAUUUUAACCCAAUCGUCUAUGAAGACUGAUUCCACUGUUUUCAUGUAAUUAUGUAAAAAGCUUUAAGCUCUACUACCUAGGUCCAGUCAGCGGCUCUGUCUGGUAUUAAUGGAGCAUUUAUUUAAGCUACUAUUUUAAUGAAGAACUUUAUACAUUUUUAUUUUUAUAUACUUUUUUCUGCUACAAAUAUUUCUUACGAAGCAUCAUCAACAUUUAAAUGUAGUGGUCUUCCAUAAGCUUUACGUAAGUGUGAAGGUGCUUUGGACAAACUUAGGAAAAUUGGUUUUGUUUUGUUUGUACAUGCCAAAGACCCGUCUGAAAUCAUUUGAUUUUUAAGACCAUGGUUUAUAUGAAAAGGAGCUUCACUUACAGAAGAAUUCCAUUGGCUGUAGAUGGGCUCAUUCAUGCAACUCUGCCCUUGUGUGCAUUGAGGAUCAUUUGUAAUACACUUACCUUUCAUCUUUAAUAUACUUUUUUGAGCUAAGACUUCCCAGCUCAUAAGCUGUUUCACAUUCCUGUAUGGUUUUUUAGAACCAUUUGGCAUGUUCAUUCAUUCAUCACAUAUUUGAGUGUUUUAAGUGCCGAGGGGAUACAAGAGUGAAAAGAAGUACACAAAAGUCACUACCUUUGGGUAGUUUACAUUUUAGCAAAGAGACAUCUUCAGACAUUAAACAAAGUAAGUAAAUGAACAGUGUGUCAGCAGGUUAUAGAUUCUGUGGAGAGAAAUAAUGCAGAGAAGAGAGAAUGCCUGGGGAGGUGAGGGUUUGCAGUUUUUAAAUAGAGUUCUCAGAAAAGCCACACUGAGGUGAUACUUGAGCAAAUGCUUGAAGAAGGUGAGCCAUGUGCAUUUCAGGAGGGAAGAGCAUUCCAGGCCACGUAAACAGCGAGUACAAAGGCCCUGAGGCAGAAAUGUGCCUGACAUGUUCCAGAAAUGAGGCUGAAGCAUCAUAGUCAAGGGUAAAAGUAGUAGAGAGAUCGGAUAGUGCAGGGCCUUCUCGGUCUUUGAGUGAGAUGGGCAGGUGUUGGAGGGUUUUGAGCAGAGGAAUAAUAUGAUCUGACUUGUGUUUUAAACGGAUCACUCUGGCCUCUGGAGAACUGACUAGGAAGCAAGACCGGAAGACCAGUUGGGUGUUUAUUGUAAUCCAAGUGAGUGAUGAUGAUGGCUUGGUCUAGGAUGGUAGCAGUGGAAUUGGAAAGAAGGGGCUGAAUUUAGAUGUAACCCAAAGGUAGAGAAUGUGGAUACGCUAAGGGAAUAUAUGAGGAGUGUGAGAAAGAGUAAAGGUGACUUCAAGGCUUGUGACCUAAGCCUUUGAAAGGAUGGAGUUGCCACUUACUGUGAUGGGAGAGAAUGUGGGUGGGAGAGGUUUGGGGGUAGGAGGGUGAAAAAAAACAUAGCAACUUAGCACAAAUGUUGAAAGAAUCAUUCAUUUUUUAUUUUUAUUUUUACCAUAUACUUUAUACUAGAAAUAGUUGUUUUAGCCAUUGCAUUCAGAAAUGAUUUCUAUAAAUAAGUCCUUACUUUCUACCUAAACUGAAGUUUGGAUCUGCUUGAGAGUUGGUGGGGGCAUUGGGAGGAAUUAACUCAGCUUUUAAAAUUAUAAGUCAAAUUUUAUUGUUUAUAUCCUCCCUCACCGACUUUAAAAAAGUUAAAGUACAAAAUACAGUUUCAAUAAAAACGAAAGUAGCCCCCUUCAGAAUAUUUUACAACUAACACAACAAGACAAAAAGCAAAAACAGGCUUAGCAAUUAUGUACACAUUAGGGGUUUUGUAUUUGUUUUGGUCUUACUCACUGACAUCAGUAGGUCAGGCUCCUCAGAGCUAUCUCUUGGUGAAUCUAAUGCAAUUUCUAAGUUUGGAAUCAAUUCCAUUUGGGCAGAAUUAGCGGUAGCACAAUUAGGGACAGUUAAUUCUCUUCCAUUGCUGCCAGGCAGAGUGGCUUGUAAAGCGUCGAGGUUUGGGGGCUGUAGGAUGAUUUUAAUCUGAGAAUGUUCUGAGACCACUUGCUGAUGUGAUUGCUUCCCUAUUUGGAUCACUAUUUGGGAGAAGUAGCCUAUUAGGCAAGUGUACAGGGCUGUUUGCUGACCCUGGUUGCAAAUUGAAUUUUGAUUGUUUGACAGAUUUUAUGUUAAUGGAUUAUUGGCUCCAUGGUUAUAUUCCAUUAGGAGAGAGGAGGUUUUUGGUCUCUUGGCCCAAAGCCAGGGACAUAAUUUUGUCAAUUGUCAAUGUAUCUGAUUUUCUAUCAUAUUUUGUUAAUUUUUGAAUCCUUCCAAAUAACAUAGACGUUUCUUAAAGUUGACUGAGAAAUCUGGAUACUUUAGUUUGAAGCACAAAAUCACAGCUACAUCCUAUGCCGCUGUAGUUCUCAUUCUUCCUUUGAUGGAGCAGUUUAGGAACAUCAUCAGCCCGAGGAGAAGCCCAGAAGUUCCAAUAUUUGAGGGUAGUCUUUUGAGUGAAGAGGUAGGAACUGUGGCAGCUAUUUGCCUAGGUCUGAUCAAAUAUCAUCCCUGGUUCAUGGCUGACAUCAAGUUUUCUUCAUUUCUAUCUGUGACUACCUUUAUGGAGAUUAAUUCAAGAUGUUGAAAACUUUAUAGUUUGAUACUGAGUUGUUUGAGAAGAUACCUGCUUUUCAUGAGUGUCUAUUUAAUUCAGUGCAAAUAGAUUGCUGAUUCUUGGCUGUGGGGCUCUCCUGCUUUGGGGCUGUGAUGUCAUCAAUCCUUUGGCUCAGAAAAUGAAAGAAGAGAUUAGAUAAAUGAUUCUUUUAGAAGCUGGUGAAGGAACAUCUCGAAUAUCAUGGGCUCUGAAUUGAUACUUCUAAAAAAUUUAUUUUCAAAAGUUUGACAACUUUUCAAAUUUUCAGUUUGUCAGUAAACAAACAAAAAAAAAA